AUGAACUUCCUCAAUCUAGUUUCUGGCAACACCUCCCCUGCCAAGACCAUCUUCAGUGGCGUCGAGACCAACAUGACCUCAGUCAUGGACGACGAUGCCCAGAGCGUCAACAGCAGCAUCCAAGUGCCAGCCGCCCCGCCACCGACCGGACCCAACACCGUUGUUGGAGAGCAGCUGCCAACCGCCGACGAGAUCAACCGCCACAUCAUUCCAGUCUUGAAGGUGCUCGCUGACGUAAGGACUCUUCAGCUGGCCGAGCCUGCCGCGAGUCCAGAGCUCCGGAAGCAGAUUUACGAGCAUGCUUUGGUAUCGCCAGAACCAGUGGAUCUUCUUGCCAGUGGCGAACCUCCGUUGUUACGCACGUCUCGCCAGAUGAGAGAAGAGAGUGGACUGUUGUUUUAUAGCAGCAACGACUUCCGGCUUGUCGUGUCCCAGAACCAAGCAGAGAAUGUCACCGAAAGCCUUAGGCGAUGCCUUGCCUCAUCACACAACCUCAAGAAGCUGGAAUCCAUGGGUCAUCUGGAGGUUGAAUACCAUCUUUCGAGCAGCGAGAACAUUCCAGCAGGCAAGGACGAUACCGAAGGUGAAUGUAUAGAGCUCGCCGUCGUCCUUGCAGGUUGUGGUUCGAGGGAGAAUCAGGUCAGCUGGCGUGCCGUGUCGACAAACUUCUCGGAUCCGGCUUUCGGGAACAACUACCUCGAAUGGCUUGCUCAGUCUGCGAGGCUGCAUGUGUAUAGCAGCAUGCUCGUCAGAGACUGGGAGGAAGCGCACCACCAGAGGCAUAGCGAGGCUUCUUCGGAGACGAACGCGGACAUUACGGAGAGGCUCAGGACCUGA